CUCCCUUGGCGCGGACGACAGUGGCGCUGCAGCAAGGAGGCUCCAGAAGCAUUGUGCCCGCCACCUUCUUUUUGCCGCUGCCGGCAGAGCAGGCCAGUGGCAGCAGUGCGUGCGGCAACCUGUAUGUCACCAUCGAAGGCACCGCCAAGAUCACCGUCGUGUGGAAUGCCUCCAACCCCACCUCGCCUUCCCGCGACGCCCCUAGCAACGCCAUGUGCAAGAGCUUGUCGUUCUACGCCGAGUCGGGCUGCACGAAGAAGCUGGGCUUCACCAUUGCGCGUCCUGCAAAGAAGGGCAGUUCCUACCCCGUCACCAUCAAGACUGUCAAAGGAAUCCGUUCGCUGUUAUCAGUUGGCUGUGAGAUCA